GGCGACCGGAAGGGCCCGCGACAUUGCUUCCGGGCCUCCCUUUUGCUUUUCCCCCUGGUCUCCCUCACGCUGUUUCCCCAUCCCCGCUACCUCUCCCACCGUGUUCUGUGUUGGUCGGCGAGGCCGAUUCCUGGAGGCGAAAUCUGGGGUCCGUGUGGAGGGACGCAGCCCGCGCGGUUGGGAGCCGGAGUCGCGGAGAGGACGGACAGAGGGCAAAAGCAUGUCCUCCCUCCCUGGGUGCAUUAGCUUGGACGCAGCAACAGCUGCAGCUGACUCUGAAGACAUUGCUGAGCUGCAGCAGGCAGUGGUGGAAGAGCUGGGCAUCUCAAUGGAGGAACUUCGUCAGUUCAUUGAUGAAGAACUGGAAAAGAUGGACUGCAUACAGCAGCGGAAGAAGCAGCUAGCAGAGCUGGAGACGUGGGUGGUACAGAAAGAGUCUGAGGUGGCUUAUGUUGACCAGCUACUUGAUGAUGCAUCCAGCUCCGUGAAGCUAUGGCUGCCUUAAGAAAAUCAGCUCAGGAUGUCCAGAAGUUCAUGGAUG